AUUCAUAUAAUAUAUAGCUGCAGGCAUCAUACAAAAUUUCCUUCUCCCAAGUACUCUUUGGACAGCUGACAAACCCGCCACCAUAAGUCUCUUUACAACUCGUUUCGGGAUCUACCUCCGCCCUGCUCUCUCACACCCUCGGACUCUCAAGGUCGACCACAGAAGCAUCAUGUCCGGCGCUCCGACUCACACCAACACGGUCGCACAGGUCUUGAACGGAGGAAGGAUACCAGAGCUUGAACCUAUCGAGAAGGCCAAGCGGUUGGCGGCUUUCGCUGCGGUCGACAAAUUUGUGGGCAAGGACUGCAAGAUCAUUGGCAUCGGAUCGGGUUCGACCGUUCCCUACGUCGUCGAGCGGAUCCAAUCACAGGGAGCCGAGGUGAACAAGGACAGGAUCUUUUUGCCUACCGGUUUCCAGAGCAAGGAACUGAUCAUCCAAGCCGGACUCAACUUGGGAGACGUGGACCAGCACGUCAGGCUGGAUGUGACGAUCGAUGGGGCAGACGAGGUCGACUCGGACCUCAACGCCAUCAAGGGAGGAGGAGCCUGUCAACUGCGUGAAAAGGUCCUCGCAGAGGCGGCUGAUACGUGGGUCAUGGUCGCGGAUUACCGCAAGAACGGGACCGUCUUGGGAGAGAACUGGACUCAAGGGAUUCCCAUUGAAGUAGCCCCCUUUGCCUACGCCAAGGUCAUGUACGACCUCUCUCGCCUAGGCUCGCCCAUCAAGUCCGACCCUUCGGUCUCGGGGGGCAAGAUCUUGACCCUGAGGAUGGGGAAAGCCAAGGCUGGACCGGUCGUCAGUGAUAACGGAAACUUUAUCGUAGAUGCGCCGUUCCCUAGGGAGAUGAUGAAGGAUCCUAAAGGGCUGUUGACCAAGAUCAAGCUGAUGACGGGUGUCGUCGAGGUCGGCCUGUUCUGCGGACUGGCCAAGGCGGCUUAUUUCGGAAACGAGGAUGGGAGCGUGACCGCGAGGUGGGAGGGUGGCAAGGAGGAGCGGAUCGAGGCCGAGGCAUAGGAAUAGGGUACAGGUCUACUCCGAAGUUAAGUGAGGAUGGGUUAGGUUGUGGCAAGGCAAGGUAGGACGAGCACAAAGGGGAAAGGUCGUUUCGGGUGAAAGGGAUUUCGGGCGGGACGUUUGUGACAGAAAUUUGAACACAACACAACGUACACAUCAGACGAGCAUGAGCGCAUGAUAUAUGAUCUACGCGACA